UCAGUUACACCAUUUCCAUUCCCAAUUCCUGUCACCCCCAUCCAUCUGCUUUUCCAAAUUCAAAGCCUUCAUUUUUGACUCCUUUCUUCUCACAUCCAACAUUUAAUCAGCUGUGAAAUCCUAUUAUAGUCUCAGAAAUACCUCCAAAAUCUGACCCCUUGUCUGUCAUCUAGCUCAGCCCUGGCACUACUGACAUUUUGGGCUGGAUAAUUUUUGUCUUGGGGCUGUCCUGUGCAUUGGAGGAUACUUAGCAGCAUCCUUGGCCUCGACCCAUUAGAUGCCAUAACAUCCCCCGGUUGUGACAACCAAAUAUGUCUGCAAACUUUGCCAAGUGUCCCCUGUGGGACACAGUUGCCAGGCCGAGAUCCCUUGCUCUAGAUGGUUGUAAGAGCUUCUGCUCACUGACUCCUGUCUCUCCCCAUUCAAGUCUUUGCACUCAGCCUCUAGACUUGCCAUCUUAAACAGCAGAGCUGCUCUUCCCUGGCUUGAAGGCCUUUCCUGGUUUCCUGUUGCUGCAGGUUGUGGUUUUCAAACUGUGGUUUCUGACUGUGUCAGAAUCACCUGGAAGGAAAAGGCAACUCUUUAGAGGCAGAAAGUAGGUGACAUAAAGGGUCAACAUACAGAAACUCUGCUGGCAGGAUCCCUCGCCAAAGCUCUCUGCUACAUUCAUAGAAUGAACAAGGAGGUUAAAGAUAAUCAGGAAAUGAAAUCAAGGAUAUUGGUGAUUAAGGCUGCAGAAGACAGUGCAUUGCAGUAUAUGAACUUCAUGAAUGUCAUCUUUGCAGCACAGAAACAGAAUAUUUUGAUCGAUGCCUGUGUUUUAGACUCCGACUCAGGACUUCUCCAACAGGCUUGCGACAUCACAGGGGGACUGUACCUGAAGGUGCCUCAGAUGCCCUCCCUUCUGCAGUAUUUACUGUGGGUUUUUCUUCCUGAUCAAGAUCAGAGAUCUCAGUUAAUCCUCCCACCCCCAAUUCAUGUUGACUACCGGGCUGCUUGCUUCUGUCAUCGAAAUCUCAUUGAAAUUGGCUAUGUCUGUUCUGUGUGCUUGUCGAUAUUCUGCAAUUUCAGCCCUAUCUGCACUACGUGCGAGACAGCCUUUAAGAUUUCUCUACCUCCUGUACUGAAGGCCAAGAAAAAGAAACUGAAAGUGUCUGCAUGAUAAUAAAUUUUUCCCCAUCCUUUAGAGCUAUUAAUAAAAAUUAAAUGGUGGAGUCUUUGUUGGGAAGGCUCUGAAAAAAAUACAGAUAUGUGCAAGAUAAUUUUUAAUGAAAUUUCUUACAGGAAAUAUUUCUAAAACAUCAUGCUCAUCCUGCACUUCUGGGGGGCUGAUUCAUCUGAGGGAGUCAUUUAUGCAAUAUAUCCUGAAAUAUUUUCUGACUGGUUUUGUCCAGAAAGGGGGAAGAAAGCACAAAUUCGUGACUUUGUUUUUAAUGGGAUGAUCGUUUUUCAAAGUCAGUCUGUCCUGACUGAUUGUGGGCUUCAGAACCCAUUAUCCAAGGCUAGCUUCUUACUGUGAAAUGUAGGGCAGGUGAAGUUUGAACACAGUUUUGGAAAAAGUAUUUAGGGAGUAAUGGCAUUACUCAAGAUAGAACAGCUUGCUUGAAUCAACAGUUAACUUUGACAAUAGUCAUGUGAAUAAAAUCCUUAUUGUUGAAAUGAGAUUUAGCUGCAGAUAUUAGCAGAUAUUUAUUCUUUUGUUUGACAUCAGUACAUAUUUAGACAAAGUUAUCCAAAUAAUAAUAAGAGUUUAUCACUAAGUAACUACAAAAUCUGAUUUUAAAUGAGUAAGGAAAGUGAGGGCAAUAGUCUGGUAUCAACUUUUUCUUCAAAAACAGUUGUGUGAAGAGGUUAUUUGUGAAAGCUAAUGUCUGCGUUCUGAGGGGGAAUUUCUUGGGGGGAAUAGAUUAUUUACAGUUAAGUGUUGCCUCCAGAUAGAAUUCUUUCCUUUUUUAAUGAGAGGGGAAAAAAAGCAUUAAUAUUGGAGAACUGAUCUCUAGAAGCUUUGGACUUAAUACUGAAAACUUCUGUAAGUUCAAAAGAAAAAUUAUUUGUAAUUUCAAUAAUGAAAAACUUAUUUUUCUAUGUAAUCUUAAAGUUAUUAAAAGUCCUUUUAAAUUCCAGCAUAUGGUAGGAAGGGUUUUCAGGAAUGGUGGCUGGUUUGGUUUGUUUUUAAAAGUA